AUGGCUCAGAACAUCGUGACUGGCGCCUGCCUCUGCAGGAAUAUCGCAUAUCGCAUUACCUUGCCAGACCCAGAGACAUACCCUAAGCUCAUCAUCUGCCACUGCACCAACUGCAAACGCUAUACCGGCUCCGGCUUUUCCGCCAACAUCAUUGUCCCACAGACCAGUUUCGAGUAUACCAAGGGCACACCCAAGUUGUAUACCGACAGUAGCAAAAGGGGCGUGCAGGUAUUACGUGAGUUCUGUCCUGAUUGCGGAACACCAUUUACUUCACGGUCGAGCGACGAUGAGGAGGUUGUUGCGGUGAAGUCGGGCACGCUUGAUGAUGAGCAUCGGCUUAAGUGCUCGGAGUUGGAAAUGGAGAUAUAUCAUCAUCGGAAGGAUGGGUGGGUGGAUGGGUUGGGGAGUGAAGGGGUGAAGAAAGUUGAUGGUAGUAUGGGAGGUUAG